UUACCGUACUUCACGUCUUUGUGUAUUCUUCUCUUUUGCGGCUGCGGACUUGGGUUUCGAAGCUAAAGCUUUAUUAAUACUACAAGCAUAUAUGAAUAUGAGGUCGUUGAGAGAUGCUCUAGUGUACCAUGUACAAGCCAUUAAAGCCGGUUUCACGCUACCCACUUUCACCACAAACCAGCUCAUGCAUGUCUACUCGAAACACAACUUUUUACAUGAAUCUCAAAAACUGUUCGAUGAAAUGCCUGAACGAGAUGUCUCCUCAUGGAACGCAAUGAUUUCAGCCCAUGUAAAAACCCAGAACUUAAAACAAGCGCGGGAAUUAUUUGACUCCGCUCCUCACAGGGAUUUGGUAACUUAUAAUUCAAUGUUAUCUGGUUAUGCGAGUGCAGAUGGGUAUGAAGCUGAUGCGCUUAAUUUGUUUCGAGAAAUGCAAAAUGAGUGUGAAGAUAUGAAAAUUGAUGAGUUUACUGUUACUAGAAUGCUUAAUUUGUGUGCCAAGUUGUUGAAUGUAGGUUAUGGAAGACAGUUGCAUACGUUUAUGGUGAAGACGAGCGCUGAUGUUACUGGGUUUACUGUGAGUUCUCUUAUUGAUAUGUAUUCAAAGUGUGCAUGUUUUGAGGACGCGUAUAGGGUUUUCAAUCGGAGUUAUGAAGUGGUUGAUUUGGUUACCAAAAACUCAAUGGUGGCAGCAUGUUGUAGAGCAGGUGAGAUGGAAAUGGCUUUGAAGAUCUUUUGGAGGGUGCCUGAGUUGAAUGAUGUGGUUUCUUGGACUACUUUGAUUUCGGGUUAUGUACAGAAUGGUUAUAUGGAAGAGGGUUUAAAGUUGUUUGUUAGUAUGGCAGAGGAUGGAGUUAGAUGGAAUGGGCGUACAUUUGCAAGUGUUUUGAAAGCUUGUUCUGGUUUGAGAAGUUUGAAGUGUGGGAAGGAAGUUCAUGCGUGUGUCUUGAAGAAUGGAUUGAUUUCAAAUCCAUUCAUUACUAGUGGCAUUUUUUAUGUGUACUACAAAUGUGAAAAUAUGAAGUAUGCUGAGUUGAUAUAUUUGAUGAGUGGAGUUGAGAACUCAUUUUCAAUCACUAAAUUAAUUCUGGGGUAUUCAUCGCAAGGCAACAUGGUGGAAGCUAGGAGGUUUUUUGAUUCAUUAGCAGAGAAGAAUGUGGUUGUUGUGACAGCUUUGUUUUCUGGGUAUGUCAAAGCAAGGCAAUACGAGGCUGUAUUUGAACUUUUUAGUGAUUUGUCUAAGGAAGCAAUGGUUUCUGAACCUCGGAUUCUUGUCAGUGUGCUUGGCGCCUGUGCGCUACAAGCUGCCCUGCAUCCUGGAAUGGAGAUACAUGCUUACAUGUUGAAAAUGGGUCUUGAUAUGGAUAAGAAAUUGAUUAGCACGGUAGUUGAUAUGUAUUCACAAUGUGGGAAUCUGACAUAUGCAGAAACAGUUUUCCAAAGUGUUGUUAAACGUGACACAAUCCUGUACAAUGUAAUGAUAUCUGGUUAUUCUCACCAUGGGCAUGAAAUCAAAGCUAUUCAGUUGUUUGAGGAAAUGUUGAGAAACGGAAUCAAACCUGAUAUGGUUACGUUUCUUGCAAUCCUAUCGGCAUGUCGUCACUGUGGUUUGGUAGAACUGGGUGAAAAGUAUUUUAAUUCCAUGACAGUAGAUUACAACAUUUUGCCCGAGAUAGACCAUUAUGCAUGUAUGAUUGAUCUGUAUGGAAGGGCAAAUCAGCUGGAGAAGGCCUUAGGGUUCAUGAAAAGGAUUCCCAUAGAAGAGGAUCCAGUAAUCUCGGGGGUAAUUUUGAAUGCGUGUAGGCUAAGUAAGAAUGCAAAACUUGCUAGAGAGGUAGAGGAGAAAAUUCUUGGGAGUGAAGGUGGUGAUGGGGCUCGUUAUGUGCAGUUGGCUAAUGUCUAUGCAGCAGAGGGAAACUGAGCUGACAUGGGGAGGGUAAGGAAGCAAAUGAGAGGGAAGGUGAAGAAAUUUCCUGGUUGCAGCUGGAUGUUUGUGGAAAAUGGAGUUCAUAUGUUUACCUCUGGUGGUAGAUCCUACUCCAAAACAGAAGCGAUAUAUUCCAUGAAUUGGGCUUGAUAAUAAUUUUAUUCACUUCAGCUUUUGACCCUGUUCUCUGCAAUUCUACAUUAUUGACAUGAUAUUACUAGCUGAAUAACACUAUGAGCGCGAUUGGAUUACUCGGAAUGUUACAUUAUUGAAAUAUUAUAUUAACUUGAAAA